GGGGGUCUGCUGCUGGGUCGGCGUGGACGUUGGGCGUUUGGGGAGCUACCUGAGCGAGUCUGGGGUGGUUCGGGCGAGGGUUAUUGUCGGGUCCAACAUGUAGUAAGUGACACAAAUACUACCUACCCUUCUGCAAUGGACUUGACAUGUCUUCGUAUUGGAAUACGUGAGAGAUGCUAGGGGAAGUGCGGGAGAUUCUCCGUCGAUUCUUCGCCUGUCACCAGGUGAACUGCCCGUCAUCAUCCCCGCCGGCAUCUGACCGGUUGCUCGCCCAGGCCCCGUUCCCGGGCAGUGUUUGCGAGAGAGUUCCAGUGCCGCCCGUUGUCGCCUUUGCCAUCCACUCACUGCCAUCGGCCUCUGGUCGCGACAAGUCGUAUCCGACGUUGUUCCGCUGGUACUACCCACCGCGGCAUCGGACAUACCUCGUCUUCGCCCACAUCAAGCACAUCAUGGCUCGCCGAACCUACACUCUCACUGAGCUUUUAGGUCUUCGUGCGAAUCGGGCUCCGGCGGAAAUUCUGGCCUUAGCAGCAAAUCCCGAGAUUGCCGACAUAGUUCGCCGCUCAGCAAGCCGGCCGUCUGGUUCUAGCUCCAGUGGCAGGCCGCCGACCGCCAGAGUCAAGGACGAUUCGUCCGUCACGUCUGACGAGCUCGUGUUCAAGGGCACCGUCAGCCGCCGCAUGGGUCGCGAGUUGACUCGAGAAGCUUCACAGAACUCCUUUCGUCACCCUGCCCGCGACCCCGCACAAGACGCUGCCCGAGAAAUGUCCCAAGGGUCAUCUCAGGACCCUUCGCGUCCUAUGGAGUGGAAAUACCGCGGACGGAGUGAGACGGAGGCGACCACGGCAGAGCCCAUUCCUGCACCCACAGGCGUUCCGGCUCAGCGCGACGAAGGUUUCCAGCGUUUCUACAAGGCUGUCGUCUCUCCCACACAUGUUCGCGUCACCGCCGGCGGACGCAUUGUUCCCAACACUCGCGGCCCGCCGUCGCCUACCGUGAAACGGACGAGUGACAACUCGCUCAUGGACAGUCAGUCUGUGGCCGAUAAGGCAGCGGCGAGCAAGCCACCAGUUGCUCCAGCCGCUCCGAUGGCUCUUGGUCAGCCGGUUCCGGUGAUGCCCCAGCUUGUGCCUGGAUACCCUCCUGGUUUCCAGCCGAUUCAGACGCCCGUCUCUUUCGUUCCCAUGGCUUUGGGGACUCAUUUGCCGCCCGGCUUUUCGUUUGCCCAACCCGCCGUUAACCCUGCUGUCAUGGCAUCGCUUGCUCCUGGCAAUGCCCUAAAGGACAUGCACAUCACAAAGCCAGGGGACGGCGAGAAGCAGGGAACGGUGAAGCCUUCGAUGCCAGAGCCUUUCUACUAUAAUGGUCAAAUCAUGUAUCCAGUUGGGUCGUUUCCGGGUUCUCUGGGCAAUCCGAUGGUACCCGUCCACAUGGUUGGCGUUCCCCAUGGCAUUGCGCCGCCCCUUUCCGGGCAGUACAUGCACCCGCAGCCGACUCGGACGGUCUCAGCGGCCUCAGCAGCUCCGGGCUCAUCAUACGCACCAUCCAACCACAGUUUGUCUGGAAUCCCGCCGGUUGUCAACCACAUUGUCCCAGCUAAUGCCAACUUCAAUGCGGCUACACCCCCGCCAAUCUCUUCGAUCAAGCCCAGCGACAUCACCAAGAAGCAAAUCGUCGGGUUCAAGCAGAACCUCAAGUACCACGAGGACCAACUGCAAUACAAUCGGCACCAGAUUGACGAGAGGGAGAUGGAGGAGAAAAUCCAUAUCAUCAAGGGUCACAUUCAGAAGUUUGAGGCCAUAUUGAGGAGUCAGCUCGAGUACGAGGCAGCCCAUCUCCAGGCCACUCAAGGGAAGGAGGACAAGAAACAGUACCAGUCCACCCCGGUCGCCGACGAGACAAAAGCCCCGUCCCAGUCGGCGCCGUCGGCUGCGUCGCUUGGAUAUGGAGCCCCCGUGACCAGGGAGAUUGAGGAGGAAGUCAACCGGCGGAUUUCUCUUGCCAGCUACGGUCUCAACACCAACAUCAGCGAGGGCGGCAAAGCCACGUUCAGGAGUCCCGCUGAGCCGCCGUCCCCGCAGAUGAACGGUUUUCCCAAUGCAGCGAGCCUCCCCAGCGGUGCAGCACAGGCUCCAAUCUUCCAGCCUCGUGGCUAUGCCUCGACCUGGACAGGCAGUAAGUAUGCCAGGGAGUUGAAAGCUUAUGAAGAGGCAGAGAAGAGACUUCUCGCGAUUGAGUCGAACAAUGCGGAGCAUGCCCGUGUGGGCGAGCGUUCAGUGUCCCAGCCAUUUGCGGCGGCAGUGGCUCCGGCGAUACAGACUGAGGCCAACCUCCACGCCACCGACAACUUCAACCGGCCUGCUAGCACUAGCACCAAACAGCGGGUCAGUUUUGGAGUGCCUUACUUGCUCGGCACACUUCCCAAGGGCGUCAAUCCCCGCACGGCUAGAGACCAGGACUACAUCUACAAGCGCCCGCUGACCGACGAGGAGCGCCGUGCAAGGUUUCUAUACUGGGGAAAGGCGCCCAAGUCGGCCGUCAAGGGUCUGCCCAAGUUUGAUGGGAAGCACUUCUACCCGCCUUCACCAGUCAAGGACCGUUCGGCUCAGCCGGCUCAGGAGUCCGAGUCCCGCACGACUGACUCGGAUGGCGAUCCGUUCCGGUCCACGACUCCCGUGCAGCGCGGAGAUUCUAAGGGAAUGCCGGCCAGCGAGGCUAACUGUACCGUCGGUGGGCUGACUCGAACCCUCUCGUUCGAGACUCAGGUCAAUGGCGGCUCGGAGGACUUCACCGGCGCGGCACCCCUCAAAUGCCGGGAUGACAGCGUGGAUGCUGGCUCCGUUGCUUCUGUCGACCGACGCGCGGAGAAUCCAGGCGCCAAGCUUUGGCAGGCGAUGCUGAAGAAGGGGCCGACCAGCAGCGCGCUGUCCUCGACCACGGCCCAAGGCUUUUUGCCGCAUUACACCGGCAAUGCUGCAGCAUCCUUGACGCCUUCAUUGACCACGAAUCAGCUGUCUUCGCCUAGGGAUAUCGCUUCGGGCAAGUUCACGGACGUCCAUGACCUGAACGAGAACGGCGGGGUGCCGCUGUCGACUGCUCCCGAGAAGCGCGGCGAGAAUUGCCCUCCGGGGGUUGUCAACUCCAUCGGGGACCAGUUCAAGCAUCUUGCCGUCGAUGCCACAACCCGGCGCAACCUGACUUCAGCCUUUAGCAUGUGAGGCACUGGCCGAUUAUUGACGGAGGAGACGGGGCUGUUGGCGAGGUGUCAGCAUCAUGACAUGAUUAUGGUACUGAUAGAGACACCGAGUGAUACUGUUA